CUCUUUUCCUUUCUUCAUCUUGUGAAUCAACAGAUCUAUGCAGUUUCCAUCACAAUCCAUAUAGUGCUUGGAUUUAUGCUCAUUGCAUUGAUCUGGCAAUACGAUUUCUCUCCCUUCACGGUUCUUAUCAUUGCCAUUCUCAAUGACGGUACUAUCAUGACCAUCUCUAAGGACAGAGUUAAGCCAUCUCCGUUGCCCGACAGUUGGAAGCUGAAGGAGAUCUUUGUUACGGGCAUCGUGUAGCUUGGAAGCUACCUUGCUCUGAUGACUGUCAUUUUCUUCUGGGCUAUGCACAAGACCGACUUCUUCUCGGACAAAUUCGGUGUGAGGUCGAUCAGGGACAGCGAGCAUAAGAUGAUGUCCGCCCUGUACCUCCAAGUGAGUAUCGUGAGCCAGGCUCUGAUCUUCGUCACCCGUUCCCGUAGCUGGUCCUUCGUGGAGCGCCCUGGUCUGCUCCUGGUCACCGCGUUCCUGCUCGCUCAACUUGUUGCGACCUUCCUCGCUGUCUACGCCAACUGGGGCUUCGCCAGGAUCAAGGGUAUCGGCUGGGCUGGUGUUGUCUGGCUCUACAGCAUCGUCUUCUACUUCCCCCUGGACCUGAUCAAGUUCUUCAUCCGCUUCGUGCUCAGCGGCAGGGCAUGGGACAACCUCCUCGAGAACAAGGUAGGAUUACCGGCCGCCUUCACCACCAAGAAGGACUACGGGCGGGGAGAGAGGGAGGCGCAGUGGGCCACCGCGCAAAGGACGCUGCACGGGCUCCAGCCGCCGGAGGCUUCCUCCAACACGCUGUUCAACGACAAGAGCAGCUACCGCGAGCUGUCCGAGAUCGCCGAGCAGGCCAAGAGACGAGCUGAGAUCGCGAGGCUGAGGGAGCUCAACACCCUCAAGGGCCACGUGGAGUCGGUGGUCAAGCUCAAGGGCCUGGACAUCGACACCAUCCAGCAUAACUACACGGUGUGAGAGCCCCUCUGCUGCGAUGUCGACGACAACACCUUUGCUGCCCGACGGGAGCCAUCUGAUUACAGAUAAAAAUUUUCCAGAUGAAGGAGCUAACAAUGAAUCCCCAGCUUAAUUGCACCACGUUUGAGGUUUAUGGUUCGUGAUGUGAUUGUUCUCCAGUCAAAUAACUGGGUACCUCGACGUGAGGAGGUAAUUAGAAUCACUACUGUUACUGUAUAUAAGCAUUAACUACAUUACAUUAAAUAUGACUUGAUCUCAUCACAUAUACUACAUGACUUAAUGGCAUACUUAGAAUCAUUAUGUUACUUUGAUAUACCGGCAUGAAUUUUAUUGAAGUUAAUGCUUGAUUC